AUGGCAAUCCACGCAGCUCAAGCGGUUCCUCUUAUCAUCAACGGCAAGGACAUCACUACUGAAUCUACCUUUGGGGUCACCAACCCGAGAACUGGCAAGGAGGUAUGGCAGUCUUCUUCUGCGGCUGCUACCGACGCAGUGAAGGCUGUCGAAAGUGCGCAAGCGGCACUCCCUACCUGGUCCAAAACGAAACCGGCUGCUCGUCGUGAUAUUCUACUACGUGCCGCUGAGUUAUUUGAGAAACGUGGGGAUGAAUUGCGCCAGUAUCAGAUAGAUGAAACUGGAGCGGAUCCAAGGUUCGUUGACUGGAUUCUUCCUUUGACUGUCGAGCAGCUCAAGGAUGUGGCAGGGAGGGUCACGUCCAUCCAGGGGGCAGUCCCCUUGACCGCUGAAGAAGGCAGAAGUGCCAUCGUCUACAAAGAGCCAUAUGGUGUAGUUUUAGGCAUUGCGCCGUGGAACGCGCCGUGGCCUCUAGGAUGCCGGGCAGUAUCAUACGCGCUCGCAGCCGGAAACACAGUUGUCCUCAAAGGCCCUGAGCUCUCACCUCGUUGCUAUUGGGCAAUUGUUGAUAUUUUCCGACAAGCGGGUCUUCCGGAUGGUUGCCUGAACCUUGUGAUUCACCGGCCCCAGGAUGCAGUUGAAAUCACGAAUGUGCUCAUUGCCCACCCGGCCAUCAAAAAAAUCAAUUUUACCGGCAGCACAGCGGUUGGUGCUAUCAUCUCAUCGUUGGCGGGGAAGCAUCUAAAGCCCAUCAUUACCGAACUUGGUGGCAAGGCCAGCGCGAUCAUUCUCAAGGAUGCAGAUGUCAAGAAAGCGGCCAAAGCAUGCACUCUCGGAUCAUUCCUUCAUGCCGGUCAAGUUUGCAUGUCCACUGAACGCAUCAUCGUCCAUUCUUCGGUGGCUGAGUCUUUUAUCGAAGCCUUCAAACAAUGCACAGAUGAGCUUUUCCCACUUUCUGGGCUUUCGCCUGUGCUUGUAUCAUCGGCUGGGGCUCGAAAGACCAAGGGUCUUGUAUCCGCCGCUUUGGCAGGCGGCGCCGACGUUGUAUUCGGCAGCCCCGUGGAGGAGUCAUCCACCCCCACAAUGCGGCCAAUUGUUCUGCGAAACUUGAAGAAAGAUGCAGAUCUUUAUUACACAGAGAGCUUUGGCCCCACUGUUGUUAUCCUCACCUUUGAAUCAGAAGAUGAAGCACUCACCAUCGCGAACGACACCGAAUAUGGGCUUUCAGGAGCUGUCUUUACAGAGGAUCUAGCUGCUGGUCUCAGAGUUGCCAGGCAGUGCGAGACUGGUGCUGUCCACAUCAAUGCUAUGAGCAUCCAUGACGAUGUCUCCUUGCCACACGGAGGGUUGAAAAAGAGUGGAUACGGUAGGUUUACUGGUAUGGCGGGUAUUGAAGAAUAUCUAACUAGCCGAGUGGUUACUUGGAGAGACUAG